AUGGCUGCACAAGAGAUUCGUCGGCAAGAGACUCGGCAAGAGACUCGACAAACCGACACGAUGCGCUCGAAAAAGAGCGAAUCGUUUAUGGACAAGCUUUCGGGAACUUUGUCACGAAAGAAAAAAGAUGGAAAAGAGGCGGGAGAUGCGCCGGGGAAACCACAAGAUCCACAAGAACAAGAAGGGAAAGAAGUUAACCAGCUUGAUCACGAUGGACGUGAGGCGCUCGACUACGCGUUGAUUCCAGCCGUUUCGAAGAAGAUUGAGAUUGCUGAAGGAACUGAGCGUCGCUUCUUGACGAGAGAAUCCAGCGACGAUCCUCGGGUUCACGAGGUCGUUCGUCUGCUUCUUGGUUGGAUCAAUGACGAGGUGGCUGAGGAGAGAAUUGUUGUGAAGAACAUUCAAGAUGAUCUCUAUGACGGUCAAGUCUUGCAAAAGCUUAUUGAGAAGCUCGCUGGGAUUCGGAUCGAAGUGCCUGAGGUUUCUCAAUCCGAGGAGGGACAACGACAGAAAUUGGACAUUGUUGUCUCGACAGCGAAUCGAAUUUUAACCCCCGGACAGUAUGAAAACGCUCAAUGGACUCCUGAAAUGAUUCAUCAAAAGGACAUCGUGGCAAUCAUUCAACUCUUGGUUUCAUUGGCUGUUCAUUUCCGAGCACCCGUUCGUUUCCCAGAGCACGUCAAUGCUCAGAUCCUGCUCGCUCGCAAGGAAAAUGGUCAGGUGAAAACGCGUUACGCAACGGAGAUUCUCACCGAGAAACAAGAAGAACUUUGCCCAAAGGGUGAACGAGACGCUUUUGAUACUCUUUUCGACUACGGACCGGACAAAUUGGCUCACGUCAAGGGAUCUCUAUUGGCUUUUUGCAAUAAACAUCUUAACAAAAUCAAUUUGGAGGUUUCCAACAUUGAAACUCAAUUUCAAGAUGGGGUUUUCCUCGUUUUAAUGAUGGGACUCUUAGAGGGAUAUUUUGUUCCAUUGCAUCAUUUCCAUUUACAGGUGUCCACUCAUGAGGAGAAAAUGAAAAACGUGCAAUUCGCCUAUCAAUUGAUGGAACAAGUCGGAAUCAAGCCGAGAUCUCGGGUUGCUGACAUCGCAAACGGUGAUAACGCAUCGAAAAAAGAUAAGGCUUUCAAUGAGCAUGAGGCGGCCAUACGUGUUUUCCAACGAGCUGGUAUAUACGAGGCGUAUGCUCAAACAGCAAUCACUGUAGGUGAGGUUAAUCAAAUUGACCAAGAGCGAACCGAACUUCAUCGAGACGAAACAGAAAUGGUUCUCCUGCCCGGAGCCGAACAUUUCGACAUUGAGCUUUGGGAGCAAACGGGAACUCUCGAUGGCCCGGCGAGGACGAGUUUUCAAGAGACCAGUUCACAAACAGAUCCACAACCAAGCAGCUCAUGC